AAUAAGCGGAAAGAGAUAAGUUUUUGAAAUAAUCAACAUAUUUUACUUGAAAACCAUUACUCUCCUUUACUUGACCAGUUGGUUAACUUUUGGCAACCCUAGCAUCUUCACAGAAAAUGUAUGAAAUAACGUCAGAUCGACGCCGAACUUCGCCUACUACCCAUUUUUUUCAAAAAUGAACUUAGUUUCGUCUGAUUAGAGUUCAUAUUAUUUUAUCCCACUCUAAGGAUAUACGACUUAACGUGUUUGAGUCACAGGAAAGUUUAUUCUAAGCGGUAAAGCAUGCCAGAGGCGAAGUUAGGGAAUGGCACCCAAUCUUCGCCUAUCACCUUUAAGCCCGUUUAUUACCAAGUUAACCAAUGAAAUUCGAACCUUUUGAGGACUAUACUGAAGGUUCAGAGUACUAAAUUGAGUUUUUUUGCCAGAAUGGACUAAAAUGUCUCCAAAUUGGGUGAUUUUUUAGAAAAGGUGUCAAAACCCAGGCGAAGAUACGCAACUCUACGGUACUAACUUAUUGUUUAAAAGCGUAACCUAAAUUAGUGAGUCAUGUUGGCCGUGGGUAGCAAGCUCAGCAUAUGCUAGACUGGUGUCCAGCGCUGGUUUUAGCCCGUUUCUUUAUAAUAUUAACAUAUUUAUGAACUCGACUGUACCUGAAAAAAAUCGAAAUAAGAUGUCAUAUUACAGAAAAAAAAAAAGUUGUGUGACUACAUAAAAAACACAAAUCAAAAUAUUUGUUAAAAUGAUUACCUGUACCCACAGUUGCGUGUCGACUGUACCUGCUUAACCUUGCACCUAGCGCACAAGCGCCUAGUAAUCUUAAUCUGCCCGGUUAUUCUCGAGGCAAACACACAACACGAGUCAAGUUUGCAAAGAAAAAUCGCAUCUAACGAACCUCCAUCUAAGGCAGAAAUUAUACAAUAUACAGGUAUUACUAUGUUUCUUUAUACUACAUUGUCACAGAUAGCGGCAUUAUAGUUUUGCAUUCUUCGCAUUUGUGUGAUAUAGCUUGAGAAUGGCGGGCGGGUGGCUAAGCGUGUUUAUAUGCCUCUGCGCAUACGGAGAUACCGCGCGAAUUCUCAUCGUUGUGCCAACUCCAUCUAUCAGCCAUCAGGUGGUGUUCCGCCCAAUAGCACAAGAGUUAGCGAAGCAUCAUCGUGUUGUUAUAUUGACCACUGAUCCAGCAUUUCGGGACCAGGCAUCGCCGAAUCUUACAGAAGUCGAUCUUCAUGACAUAUCCUACGCUCCAUGGAUCGACCGUUUCAUCAAAACUGCUAGCGGGAAGCGAAAUGAUUUAUACACGCAAAUCGAUACAGCGUUUGAUCUUAUAUUGGAAAUAUUCCCGAAGCAAAUUAAAAGUGAGGCUACAAAGAAGGUGUUUGACAAAGAAAAGUUCGAUUUAGUGAUCGCAGAAGCGUGGCCGAGAUCGGUGCUGGCACUGUCUCACGUCUUCAAGGCGCCUGUUAUAUUGAUGAGUUCUCUAGGGGGACUGGAUGAGAAUUACCAGGUGAUGGGUGCUCCUGUCAACCCAAUCCUGUACCCAGAUUUCUUACGAACCCGUAUCUUUAACCUUACUUUAUGGGAGAAGGUUACGGAGUUAUACAACCGCUACCUGAUGUAUCGGUUAAUGAUGUUGUAUCAAGAGAAAGAAGACGCGAUGCUUCGUGACUUGUUUGGCGAGGAUAUGCCUCCGUUGGAAGAGUUGAAGAAUAACGUGGAGUUGUUGAUGGUGAAUAUAGAUCCUGUGUUCGAGGGCUAUCGUCCUGUGCCGCCGAAUGUCAUACAUUUGGGGAGCCUUAAUUGUGCACCGUCCAAGGAUUUGCCUCAGGACUUACAAUCCUGGAUGGACUCAUCAAAGCACGGGGUCAUCUACAUGAGUUUCGGCACGAACACGGAUCCGUCCCUGCUCCCGCCGGAGCGGAUGGCGGUGUUCGUGCGGGUGUUCCGGGCGCUGCCGUACGACGUGCUGUGGAAGUGGAAGGAGCCGCCGGCCGGACUGCCGGACAAUGUGCGGACGGCGGAGUGGCUGCCGCAGUCGGAUCUGCUGCGCCACAAGAAGCUGGUCCUCUUCAUCACGCAAGCAGGCCUUCAGUCCACAGACGAGGCCAUCCGGGCUGGUGUACCACUCCUAGCGUUCCCCAUGCUCGGGGACCAAUGGUUCAACGCUGAGCAAUAUGAGAGACUUAGGGUGGGAAGAAGGUUGGAGCUGGCUUUGCUUACUGAUGAUCAGCUAAAGGAUAAUAUUGAGGAGAUUAUCAAAGAUCAAGGUUACCGCACCCGCUCCAAGCUCCUAAGCGAGGAAAUGCUGGACCGUCCAGAAUCAUCCCUAGAGCGCGCGAUCUGGUGGAUCGAGCGCACACUGCGGCGCCGCACGCGCCAGCGCGCUCCCGCCGUGAGCAUAACCUGGCUCACCUUCAUCGAUGGAGACAUUAUAGUCGCUGCGCUUGCGAUGUUCGUUUGUCUAGUAGCAGCCCUUUUAGGGCUGUAUAAAGUGUUUACUAGAAGUGUGAAAGUCAAAACUGCCUAAUUGUAAUAGUUGUCUAUGUUUUGUGCCUGGGCAUCAAAUAGACUGUUUUACAAGUAGGUAGAGAUGUGACAUUUUAAGUAAUAGAGGAUAUGGGACAUUCAAUUCUCCAUGCCACUUCAACGUAGCUUCACUUUCAACAAUGGAUAUGGACUUUA